CGUGUAAAAUGCAUGGUAAAAUGUCCAUGGAUGUAUUAUAACUAAAAUGUCACCAAUAGUGCAAUUGUUUUUGCGAUUUACUAACCGGGAAUCAGAAGUUAACGAGGGGCACCUGAAUGCAACAUACGUACGCAGUUCAGGGACCGGCUGUCUGCCUGUUGUUGCUCAUCCAAAACUUGUGACCGAGAUGUCUACUGCACUGAGUCUGCGUCUUCUCCACUGCUACUCAAAGCCUGGCCCAUUUGGAUAUGGUCCUGGUGUCAUUCGCCCAUUCAUUCUCAGUGUGCAGAGAGAGGGCUACAAGUAUGUAAAUGCUCAGGAGCUGCCGACAGACCUGAGGUCCAUCACUGACCGGGCUGCAACAACCCUCCUUUGGACUGAACUUUUUAGAGGUUUGGCGAUGACCAUGAGUUACCUGUUCCGUGAACCUGCCACCAUCAACUACCCAUUUGAGAAGGGCCCUCUGUCACCCCGCUUCCGUGGAGAGCACGCUCUCCGCCGCUACCCUAAUGGAGAGGAGCGCUGCAUUGCCUGUAAGCUGUGUGAGGCCAUCUGCCCUGCUCAGGCCAUUACCAUUGAAGCUGAGACUCGAGCUGAUGGCAGCAGGAGAACUACGCGCUAUGACAUUGAUAUGACCAAAUGUAUCUACUGUGGCUUCUGCCAGGAAGCCUGUCCUGUUGAUGCCAUUGUUGAGGGUCCAAACUUUGAGUUCUCCACAGAGACCCACGAGGAGCUGCUGUACAACAAAGAGAAGCUGCUCAACAAUGGAGACCGAUGGGAGGCUGAGAUAGCAGCCAACAUACAUGCAGACUACCUGUACAGAUAAAUGUGUACACUGCCCGCAAAGAUGUGUCACAAUAUGAAAAUGACAUAUCUUAGCCUCCUAUCCAUUGAGAUUAAUUAUUCCAGUUUUUAAGAUAUUAUUAUUAUUAAGAUAUUCCAGUGAGUAACAAAUGAGAGUGAAGCCUUGAAGCCUCAUAUUAUGUUUUUAGAACUGAGAAAAUAUAUAUAAAAUGCACAAAUCAUGUCUUAAAUUAUAAAGAUGGAUGAUGUUGUACUUUAUGUAGCCUAUGCACAGUCCAUUAUGUAUUAUUUUCUGCUGCACUUUAUCUGAUGUUAUAGGUAGGACAUUUC